UCUCUCUCUCUCUGUGAUGGAGAUCGAGGAGCUCGAGCUUACACCUCUGAGACAGCCUUCUCCGGAAAUGAAGCAGAGUUGGGUUCUCAAACCAACUCUCUCCAAGAAAAAGAAGAAACUUUCUGUUGCUUGCAUGUCAAGCAACAUAAGGUUAAUUCUAUGGCUUGGAGGAGUCUUGGCUGUGUCGUCUAUCGUCGUGAUAACACUGUUCAAGACACUCCCCCACCACCAGAGCAUUCCACCACCGCAAGACAAUAGCACCAUCGCACUUCCUAUGGCAUUGAAAUUUUUCAAUGCCCAAAUCUCCGGAAAACUGCCAGAGGGGAAUAACGUGUCUUGGAGGGGAAAUUCUUGCUUGAAAGAUGGGAAUUUUCCCGGGAGUCUUUACCCACAUCUGGCGGGAGGGUACUACGAUGGUGGAGGUUCGAUCAAGACAAGCUUCACCAUGUCUUUCUCAAUGACAAUGUUGAGCUGGAGUGUCAUUGAAUAUGGGUCGAAAUAUGAGGCUUGUGGAGAAAUGGACCACGUCAAAGGGCUCAUUAAAUGGGGAACCGACUACUUCCUCCGCACUUUUAGCAGCAGUUCUGAUACGAUCUAUGAAAUGGUGUAUCAGAUAGGAAUGAAUCAAGGAAGCCAAGUGACUAGUGACCUAUACUGCUGGAUGCGACCAGAAGACAUUGAUUACCAUCAUAGGUCUGUCAAUCUAUGUUACACAGACUGCCCGCAUCUCGCUGCAGAGAUGGCAGCUUCCCUGGCCUCAGCCUCGAUCGUAUUCCGUGACCAAGUCGAGUACUCUGCAACACUUGUUAACAGUGCCAAAGCCGUUUACCUUUACGCCGAGGCUAUGAGCGCCAAGCGGAAAAGCGCAGAUCACUGGGAUGACCUCAUAUGGGGAGGAGCGUGGCUCUACUAUGCCACGGGUGAUAACUCGUAUCUUGCUAAGGUAACCAGUCACGAUCUAGCCAACCGUGCCGGUGCCUUUUCCCAUGGCCCUCGUUAUGGUGUCUUUGGUUGGGACAACAAGCUUGCUGGGACACAGUUGCUUUUCACUCGGUUGAGGCUGUUCUUGAGCCCUCCCUUCCCGUAUGAAGAGAUGCUCAGGGUCUUUCAUGAGCAAACCAGCAUAGUAAUGUGCUCCUACUUGCCGUAUUACACUAAGUUUAACAGAACAAAAGGUGGUUUGAUCCUGCUGAGCGAACCAGAGCCUCUCCAGUAUGCUGCGAAUGCAGCUUUCCUGGCCACUCUGUACAGUGACUACCAAGGCGCUUCUGACGCUCCUGGAUGGUACUGUGGGCCAACUUUCUUCAAAACUGAGAUCCUACGUGACUUUUCGACAUCUCAAGUUGAUUACAUACUAGGGAAAAACCCACACAACAUGAGUUAUGUGGUGGGGUUUGGGCAGAAAUAUCCUAAACAUGUGCACCAUAGGGGAGCCUCGAUCCCGAAGAACAAGAAAGUGACAUGCGAAGGAGGUUUGAAGUGGAAGGAGAGCACGAGCGAGAAUCCAAACACGAUCGAAGGGGCAAUGGUCGCUGGACCAGACAAGAAGGAUGGCUUCCACGACGUACGUGUAAACUACAACUACACACAGGCGACUCUGGUGGGAAAUGCAGGUCUUGUGGCAGCUCUUGUAGCCUCUUCACGAGGAGGUGGAGGAUUUGAUAGAAACACCAUCUUCUCAGCCAUAAAUCCUCUGUCGUUUGCACCGCCGCCUCCAGUACCUGAGACCUGAGAAGAUUUACUCUGUUUUUAUGCUUUUAUUAUUGGACUUGUUUCAAGAUAUUUGUUGUGAUUUUAGCUCAGGUUUGUAUCUCUUCUCUUCUUUACUCUUGAACUCUCUUUUUCUCUGUUUUGUUGUGCAAGACUUGAUUUUACCAAA